GGCUGAUUUAUUUUGUGAUGGGAAACACUGACGAUCUAUUAACGUUUCAAGUUAAAUACUGAGGAUAUUUAUCCGGACACUAUGGACAUCAGCAUUAUAAUUCUUGAAGAUUCAUCGCCUCUGAAAGUCGUAUGACAGACACUCGCGCAGGUAACCUGCAGAAAGAUCAACGGCACGCGUAUUUCCCACAUCGGAUGAGUCGAGGCCGGGAAGCAAGAUUGAUGUGCACACUGACAUCGUUCCGUUGAUACCUCCAUGCUGAAGAAUUGUCACCGGGCGUGUGCUGCAGAUAUUCGGCCCCCACUCCAUCUUCACGUCAGGAAUAGCCAUGGCAAUCAUCUGGAAACAUCAGUGAUUCAACAAUUAAAUCGCCAUGGAAUCGGGUGCCGAGCCCGAUGGAUUUAAAUACCCAGCUCUUCCCAAUUCACAAUGUGAACUCAACAUAAAUAUGUAUGAGACUAUCAGAGAUGGAAACGUCACUAAUAUGGACACUUCGACGGUCGUGAGAGGUGGGAGCGACCCGAGUGCAUAUCCUCCAUCGAAUUAUCAGCGGAUCGUGCGCCAAAGAUUUAUCAGGAGAAGUUUGUGGUUCUCAGACUCUGAUGAGCAGGCCUUUGAGGUGCCAGAAUGUGACAACAGGAGUAAAAUCCUCAACAUAAGCCUGCGCACGAUACUUGACAGGUCACGGGGGGCUCGGUUGGGGCCACAGGAGGGUUCCAGUCCCGGUAGUCAAGGGGGGAAGAAAGACAGCGCCACGGAGGGCGCCAGCGCUGAUGAGAAGGAGAAAACUGUGGAUAAAUUGAAUGUUACAUCCACCGAAGGCAGUAAAAACACUGUCAGAACUGCUAGCGAGGAGGAAGAGGCUGAGAUGAAAGCUGUUUCCACAUCCCCUGGGGGACGGUUUCUCAAGUUCGAUAUCGAGCUCGGGAGAGGGUCCUUCAAGACUGUCUAUAAAGGUCUGGAUACCGACACCUGGGUGGAAGUUGCCUGGUGUGAACUUCAGGACCGUAAGCUGACCAAAGUGGAGCGUCAGCGGUUUAAGGAGGAGGCCGAGAUGCUGAAGGGGCUGCAGCACCCCAACAUCGUCCGCUUCUACGACUUUUGGGAGUCACCCCUCAAAGGGAAGAAGUGCAUUGUCCUAGUGACUGAGCUCAUGACCUCCGGAACACUCAAAACGUAUCUGAAGCGCUUCAAGGUGAUGAAACCCAAGGUCUUAAGGAGCUGGUGUAGACAGAUCCUAAAGGGCCUCCACUUCCUCCACACCCGGGACCCUCCUAUCAUCCACAGGGACCUGAAGUGUGACAACAUCUUCAUCACGGGCCCCACCGGCUCCGUAAAGAUAGGAGACCUGGGGCUGGCCACGCUCAAGAGGGCCUCCUUCGCCAAGAGUGUCAUAGGCACCCCAGAGUUCAUGGCCCCAGAGAUGUAUGAGGAGCACUAUGACGAGGCAGUGGACGUCUAUGCCUUUGGGAUGUGUAUGCUGGAGAUGGCCACCUCAGAGUACCCCUACUCGGAGUGCCAGAAUGCUGCACAGAUCUAUCGCAAAGUCACCAGCGGAGUGAAGCCUGCCAGCUUCAACAAGGUUGUGGAUCCUGAAAUCAAGGAGAUUAUUGGCGAGUGCAUCUGCCAAAAGAAAGAGGAGCGGUACUCUAUAAAGGACCUGCUGAACCAUGCCUUCUUUGCGGAGGACACAGGGGUGCGGGUGGAGCUGGCAGAGGAGGAUGAUGGGAAAAAGGCAGCUAUCGCCCUGAAACUAUGGGUGGAAGACCCCAAGAAGCUGAAGGGGAAGUACAAGGAGAGUGGCGCAAUUGAGUUCACCUUUGAACUGGAGAAAGAGACUCCAGAGGGCGUGGCCCAAGAGAUGGUGGAAUCUGGGUUCUUCCAUGAGAGUGAUGCUAAGAUCGUGGGGAAGUCUAUCCGAGACCGUGUAGCGCUGAUCAAAUGGAGGAGAGAGAGGUCCGUAUUGGCAGGACCCCCAGUGGACGUAGAGGCAGGACUCGGGGCCCAGUCAACCCCGGCCCAGGGGGCCUCUGCUGGGGCUACACAGGCAGUACAGCCCCCUCUGCUGGAGCCAGAGGCAGACCAGCACGCCAGGCUGUGUAACCUUCCAGCCAGCGCCACCUCUGUCACAUCAGACAGUACGUUUGACAGCGGCCUGGGCUCCGCUGUGUACUCUGACUCCCACAGCAGCCAACACAAUGUCCUCUACCAGUCCCUAGUGGAGCCCAUCACCAAGGCAACGCAGCAGGUCUUAACAUAUCGUCACCGCAGUGGUCUGUAUUUGGCUUCAGCACGCCCCCGCUCCUGUGAAAAGGGCGAGGGGUGGAAAGGAGCCCUAGGGCCAGAGCUCCGAGUGGGGGUAGGAGCAGGGGCAAGGAGAGGGAGUGCCUCUGUCAUUGACACUCUAAGGGGCAACAACGUCACUCUUCAUAUGCUCCUGCAACCUCUGACCUCUGGGCCCUGCAGCCCACAGAGAGCUGCUAGUCCUGCCCCCACAUCACCAGACAACCAAACAGAGAGCAGUCCCUCUGAGUUCUGCUCCGAGGCAGAGGACGGCUUCCCUUCUCCGAGUGCUUUGCCUGCCCCCCUCCUCCUGGCCCUCCCUGACCCCACACACUCUGAGGCCCGGCGUCAUAGUGACUCUUCUGUGGAAUCCCAGACAUUGGAAGCCACCAAUGCGAGCAGGGUUAAAUCUGUAUCAGGUGGGAGGAGGCAUUCGGACUUCAGCACUCUGCUGAGUCUAAACUCUGCCCAUCACCACUACCACCAAGGCGCACCCAGAAAGCACCUCUGCCAGGCCUGCUUCUCUCUGCUGCUGAAGUCACAAGAAGGGUGGCACAAGCAGCAGCACAUCUCCUUUCCCUUUCCACCACACCCCUGUGGGGUAGCGACAACUGCAGGGUCAGGAGGGGUGAAAGGUCAAAUAGGAAGUGACUGCUCUGACCUCUUCUUACUACAACAGAACCUGAUGAACAUCAUCAGCCGUAAAACCACCCUAUCCAACCAGGGCCAACCCUCCCUCCUCCACCUACCUGCAGCCCAGCAGCCUGCCAAGAACUAUGGGGAUGGGAGUCUGAACUUACCCCAGAGAGGCAGCUUCAGUGGUGGCCACACUACACCACCUCUGGCCAGGCCCACACAGGACCGCAGGGCCAGCUACUGCGCUGGGGACCACCGAGCCACCGGGCCCCCGGGAGUGUCCAGUGCUGUGCACACCUUGCUCCAGAACCAUGCGUCUCUCCAGAGCCAGCCUGCCUCCGCCCCGGCCCUGCACACCCACCUGCAAUACCUCCAGCCUGGCCACAGCUACCCCACCGCUCCCCAGGUCAUUCAACAGACACCCACCACAGCCAGCUUCUCAGCUGUAGCUUUGCAACACACCCCAGCUUCAGCAAGUUACUCGGCAUCAAACAUUCCUCUGCAACAGAAUCAUACCGGACAGAGCUACCCAGCUCCACCUCAGCAACAGACCGCAACAGCAGAAAGUUAUACAACUGCAAAUGUACCACUUCAACAGCCUGCAGCAAGCUUUUCAGCGACAACCAUGCCCCCGCAGCAGCCACACACCGCAGCAGCAAGCUACACAGCAGCAACAAUGCCAAUCCAGAGGACACCAACUCCACAGAGUUAUGUUGCUCUGCAACAGCUGACUCAAACUGCAGCGAGCUACGCAGCUCCAACUCUGCAACAAAACCCAACAACAGCAAGCUUCUCAGCAACAGCAGCCUUGUCUGUCCAACAGACUGUAUUGGCAGCUACCAUAGCAGCAGCAACAAAACCCUCACAACCAGCUGCACAGAACUACUCCGCUCCAGUGGGGCAUCUCCAACAGACUGCACCCACACAGAGUUAUGCAUCUGUAGCCCCAACUGUGGUCCACACAGUACCUAUACCCAGUCUCCCUACUUGGACCCCCAGUGUAGCAACACAACCUCUAGCUUCUGUUGUGCCUCCCCCAGUCCAGCCUUGCCCAGCCCCACACAGCCUCUCAGACAAAGCCAUGCCUUCCAUUCUGCAGCUUGGCCAGUCUAGUCCCAUGCAUCACAGACAGCAGACGGUGCAGGUCCCCAUUCAGCAGCAACACAUCCAGCAAAUGGCACAGACCGCUGUCCAACAGGAUAGUCCCAUGCAGCACAGCCAACAGACUGUGCAAGUCCCCCUACCCCAACACAGCCAGCCGUUGGUUAAGCCUACUGUCCAACAGGCUCCAGUUGUCCAGCGCUACCAGUCACCUGCCCAUACUGUGCAGCAAGGUUCAACCCUCCAGAGUUACCCCAGUUCUGUACCCCUGAUGGGGCAACAGAACUCUGCUUCACAGAGCUACCCACCCUCAGCCCCACACAUACAACAGGCUGCUUCACAGAGCUACCCACCCUCAGCCCCACACACACAACAGGCUGCUUCACAGAGCUACCCACCCUCAGCCCCACACACACAACAGGCUGCUUCACAGAGCUACCCACCCUCAGCCCCACACAUACAACAGGCUGCUUCACAGAGCUACCCACCCACAGCCCCACACAUACAACAGGCUGCUUCACAGAGCUACCCACCCUCAGCCACACAAGCUGCAACGGUGCAAGGCUACACAUCACUCCAACCCAGUGUGAUGGGUCAGGCCUAUCCAUCUGCUCAGGCUCCACAGCAGGCCGCAGACCCACAGACCUACCCAGUGGCCCCCAUAGUGCAACAACAGACUGGGACUACUGCACAGCACAGCCAGGCCCAGGUGGCCCCACUAUCCCCAGGCCAGCAGAAUGUUCCUGGGGGUCAAAGCCUUCCCCAGCACCACCAAUCAUUAUCUAGUCUGCCUGCCCAGGCACUGCCUCCUCAGCAGCCAUUGGCUCAGGCCUCUGACCCUCUGCAGUUGCAGCCACUACAGAUGUCCACUUCUCUUCCACCAACACACCUUUCACAGUUUCCCUCACCGUAUCCCAACAUCCAAGUGGUGACACCUCUGGCUGGAUAUGACUCCUACCCUCACCCUUGCCCUGUUCCCCAGUCCUACCCCUCCUCCACUGCCCCAUCUCUGCCCCCUCUCUACCUCUCCCCAGGCCAGCCUGCCACUCUGCCCCCCUCUGUCUCGCCCCUUGCCCCCCUGCAUAUAGGGAACGCUCUGGUGCCACCCACCUCUGUGUCCUUGAUACCCUCACCCACAACCCUGCUGGCCAUGGCAACACCCACACUGCCACAGCACCUGCAGAUGUACCCUGCUGUUUUGCAACAGAGUGUUAUGACACACACACACCCUGUUCACUCACACCCUGCCUCACUCCCUGGACAACAGAACACACAACUGCAGAAUACGCACCACAUGAACCCAGACAAUUCUUCCCUACCCCUACCUGUUCAACACAACACACACCCCACAUACUCACACCCUGCCGCUGCACCUGAGCUUGCUCUGCACAGCUCUCAGCCGUUAAGACAGGUCAAGCAGCAGACCCAGCUUCCAGAUCUAGGCCACCCCUCCCAGCCUACCCAUCCUGCAGUUUUCUCCUCUCCCAUACAUAGUGGGUCGGACAGGGGCACAGUCACUGCCGCAGCCCAGCUUGACCAGAACCUCAGCCAAACCCUGUCUCGGCGUCAGGCACUAGGCCAGGACCAGAGCCAACCCCUGGCUCCAGCAUCACAGCCACCAGGCUCCCAGACAGCAGGACCUGGGCCUGCCAGCACCAGCUUGACACAGCAGAACCAGGCCAGUGCCAGCACAGGGACGACGGUCACCUCGGCACAGCCUCUAACAGAGUCCAAUCUGGAGGAUCCUGGUGCAGAGAUGCAAGCUUCAGGGGCCAGCUACUCCUACGACAGUGUGAACUCCGAUGCCACCUCAGGGAAGGAGAUGAGCGACGGUAAUGAGGGGACACACGGGUCAGGGAAGGGCGAGGGGAAGGUCCGGAAACCCCACCGCCGCUCCACACACACCCGAUCACGCCAAGAGAAGAUCAACAAGCCCAAACUCAGCAUGCUCAACGUGUGUAAUACAGGGGAUAAGAUGGUGGAGUGUCAGCUGGAGACCCACAACCACAAGAUGGUCACCUUCAAGUUUGACCUGGACGGAGACGCACCUGAGGAGAUCGCCACUUACAUGGUGGAGAAUGACUUCAUCCUGCUCCUGGAGAAGGAGAUGUUUAUAGAGCAGCUGAAGGACAUUGUGGACAAGGCUGAGGAUAUGCUGAGUGAAGACACGGAGGGGGAGAGGAGCUCUGACCACGUGGGCAGUCCUCAACAGAGCCACGGAACAGUCAUACUGGGGGGAGAGGGUUCAAAGACUGCUACACCUAAUUCACCACAGCUUGUUUACCAGCAGAACGUCCUCCACACUGGGAAGCGCUGGUUCAUUAUCUGCCCCGUGGCCGAGACGCCCACGCCAAACAGGGAGAAGACCUCAUCAAAUGCCUCUACAGCCAAGGAGGCUCCUGAUACGUCAUUGUCUAGGUCCAGCUGCAUUACUACUCCUCCUGUUCCUGCCCUGACCACCACAGCCCCUACUCCAGCCCCGUCUGCCCUCCCUGCACCCCAGAGCUCUGCUCAGCCUCAGGACCCCAAUGUGGGCGAGGCCAGAAUGCAGCAGCCCCAGGCCUCUGGAACCAAACCCACCACCAAUACUACCACUGCUGCUGUGGGCCGCCACGAGCCCUGUGUCUCCAUGGUAACAGACAUCCCAUGCUGCCCCAUUGUUCCACCCGUGUCUCUGGAUGUGAAUGGGGUGGGACAUAAAGGGGCGAGCGGCACUUCCUCUUGUCUACCCAAUCAGGGGGCCAGCCUGUCAGGAGACCCACCCCCUCUGGGCUCCCACCAACCUGUGGUCUUGCAGCAGCCCUACGCCACACCCAGCAUGGUGGGUGGAGGAGGUGAAGUCACAACACCAUCACAGCCCCAGAGUCCAGCCCACCAGGCCUCCCAGCAGCAGGACGGACCUGGUGGAUCCGGGAGUGGAGGUGGUGGGGGCCUGGGGGAGUCUGAUGGAGAGGGCCCCCCCAGGGUAGAAUUUGUGGACCGCACUAUCAAGACUCUUGAUGAGAAGCUGAGGAACCUGCUGUACCAGGAGUACGCCCUAUCUGCUCCCUCCAGUACCGCCUCAGACCUCCAGGGCUUCAGCACAGAGGGGGUCAGCUCUCCCCUUGUCUCUGACAGCCAGACCAUCACAGAGGGGGGGCUCCCCAGGAAGGGAGAGCUGCUGGUAAAGAUGCACCAUCCUCAGAUACCCGAGCGUACAGAUAGUUUGGAUACCCUGAGUGCCUCUGCAGCCUGUAAAGGUGUGCUGAACACUAACAUGAUGGGCAGUUCCAGUUCCUAUGGUUCCAAGAGCCGUUUUCAGAUCAUCCCCACUCCUCCAGACGUCAUCAUCCGUCGUUUAGAGAAGGCCAGAAGUCGCAGCACCUGCAGCUCCACGGCUCCCUCUAGUGGCUCGGGGGGCUCUCACGCUGCAGCUGAGGGGGGAGGACGUCGAGACCAGGGGUGUAUGGCCGUGGGCAGGUUUUCAGUGAUAACCACCGAAGAGGGGCUGGAAAACACCCCCAAACCUCACUGUAGCCACCGCUACUCAGCCCCCCCAGACUUCUACCAGGACACUCCCACCUCCAGCCCCAAUGCCACCCCCACCCUGCUCCCACGCGCCCACACUGCUGACGCUGCAACGAACUACUCCUUCCACUUCGACUCUGACUCAGGGGAGGAGGACACCAGUAGUUUAGCCCCUCCCCCUGCCCACCACAAGCCUCCAGCCCACGCACUCUCAGAACACAGCGGAAGUGACCUCAUGAAGAGGGCGGUGGCCUUCCUGCGCCGCACGGGCCGCAGCAGCAGUGUGCAGAGCUCUGAUUCGCCGAGCCGGCGACCCGCGGUAGCGAACGGCCACGCCCUCUCGCCGCCUGGACCCAGCCCCGCAUCGUACAUUAGCAGUGACAACGAUUCUGAGUUUGAGGACGCGGACAUGAGGAAGGAGCUGCAGAGGCUGAGGGAAAAACACAUGAAGGAGAUCUCAGAGCUGCAGGCGUUCCAGAGGAAUGAGAUCGAGCAUCUGUAUAAAGAGGUGGGGAAAGCCCUGCCGCCUGGUGUAGGCCUGCUGCACGCUGCGCCCCCUAGUGGCCGCAGACAUAGGGCCAGCAAACACAAGCUGAAGGCGGGCAAGCUGCUCAACCCCACGGUGCAGCAGCUGAAAAACAACCUGAACACCACCACCGCCGGUGAGAGGAAAGGUGAGAGUGCACCGGGCUUGUCUGGCUCUCCAGCUAAGAGCUCCAUCGUGUCUGACGGCUCUGACUGCUCCAGUGGCAGCAGCAGUAGUACCAGCAGCACUCUGCCCAGCACGGCCCCAGAACCCGUCCAGACCCAGCAGCCCUGUUCUCUCAAGGGCUCUCUCUCCUCUGACAGCAUCUAUGGUGGUGGCAUGGCCACACACACUGGCCCAGGGCAAGGGUCUUCUCACGGCGCCAGUGCAACUCAGACAGCGUCCAAUCAGCAACAGCCACCAGCUGUUCCCACCCCUUCGUCAUCUCCUCAACCAAUGGCGGCGCUAGCUCAGGCCCAGACGAACAACAGCAACAACAAGAAGCCAGGCACCUUCACGGACGACCUGCACAAGCUGGUAGAUGAUUGGACGAAGGAGACGCUGGCGGCCAAUCAGCCACGGCCCUCUCUGAACCAGAUCAAACAGCAGAGACGCAGGCAGGACCUGGAGGGCCGAGCCACGCCCAUGGGAGGAGCCACACAGGAGGUGAGAUGUGCCAUCCUUCCAAACAAGUUCCAGCUGCCUCUGUCCUGUCCGCUGACAGCUGUAGGCCUAGCCAUGCCCACUGACCUGGGCUCCAACCCCUCUGCCAUGCUCCAGCCCGGGUACCUGGUACCAGCAGGUCCUUAUGGAGGGGUUGUGACCGGCCCCUUAUACCCCCAGCAGUGGUCUGGUAUGCCCAGUCCUGUGGGGAUGAUGGGGUCAGCGGAAGGAAUGCCCUACCCCACCAUGGCCAACCCAGGGUUGCAGGCGUACCCCCUUACCCUGCACAGCCCUGAGAAUGGCCCUAACACCAGGACUACCUAAUGUGACAAAUAGCACCUUCUUGCACCCAGCAAACCCCCACCCCAUCGCACCUGAUGCUCAAAACAGACUUCCCCCAACUUUCCCCUCUAUCCCAGCACCCUCACAUCAGGACUGUCUAACUAACAGGCCUUUCCUAAUUCUGUGCUGAUAACCUAACUCCACUCUGUCCCCCCUGGUUCUCACUCCAGGGUUACAAUUGUAAUGAAAUCAGUCUAAUCACUUUUAAUGGGGUGACGGGAUGGAAAAUAGAAUAAAGUAGGGCCCAUACAUUAUAGAUGCACCAACAAAUGGCUUAUGGGUCGUUCCACCUCAAAAAGCACAAGAAAGAGGAUUUCGACAACCACCAUCUCAGAUUGUGCUCAAAUUGUUUCUGUAGUUAGAAACAUAAGAUUAGCAUUCCUGAAACAAUUUGUUGAAGUAUAAUUUGUUACUGCCACACCCUUUUAUAAAUUUCACUGAUAUUUAGUGUUUAUUAAAUGGAUCACAACAUUUGAUUUGCCACUUUGGGUAGAAAACCAUUGGCUUUAGCUCAAGGGAAUAUGUUACAUAGGAUGAAGAAGCAAUACUCCAAGUCAGACAUAGAGAACUGUUGCUGUAUACUGGGUGGGAUUGGUGUGGGGGGUCUGUGGGUGGCGUUUGACCAUUUUUAUUGGAUUCCUUGUCUUACUCAAUUGUAGGAAGAAGUUUGACCCAAAACGUAUGUUUGGUACUAUAUGUAUUGAAUAUUAUGUGAAUCCUAUAAAUUAAAAGGGCCAAUUUGGGUACAAUCAAUUAGCUUGAUUUCUCAAAUUUCAACAAUGUUGCAAGAAUGCCAAUCUUAUGUUUCUAACUACAGAAACGAUUUCCGAACAAUCUGAGAUGGUGUCAUGGCUUGCUGAAAUGACAUGGGAUGACUCUUAUGUGUUGAGUACACAUAAGAGUGUGUCUGAGUACUGGCCCCUACUUGACUGUACUACUCAACCCCUCCAGUGUUCCUAUAUGCAGGAUAGUCCUGCUCCACUCUGCUCUGAUUAUGUGGGUUGAUGCUUUAUCAAAGAGUAACAUGCAUGUAAAUAACCUGUGAGCUUGUAAAUCUCCAGUGUGCAGGUAGAUGUAGUUUAUACAACACCUGAAGUUUUCCUGUGUGCUUGCGCACAGUAUAAAUGUCCUUUGUGUGUGUGUGUCAGAGUACCUACUGCUUUGGUCUUGACUAAACUCAGUCAUACAAAUAAUAUUAGCGGUCACCAAUGUGACGUUUUCACCAAAUCCAUCAUUAACCAAUAAGCAGUAAUGUUUUCAGAUAGCUUUUUAUUGUUUACUAACGUUUUGUCAACCUUAAUACACUACAUUAGAAAUUAAAAUACAAGGGUUUAAGAUGACAGGAUACCUGUAUUUAAGGUGAAGUUCUCUGGAGGAGUGCCUUGAACAUAGCUUUUUCUGUGAAAUGAAGCAUGUCCAAAUCACAGAUUUUAUUUCAUGGUGGCUUGAGUGCCACUUCAUUUUUUUAUGCUUUGCAGACACUUUUUUUGGUUUACAUUUGAAUGCCCUUGUAGCACUGCACUAUUAACACAGUAUAUGCUUUUAUUUAAGGAAUAAAAUCAUGUCUUUAAUCAUUGUUUACUCCACCCUUGUGAAUUUAGAACGUCAUAGACGUGAAAUGGACAGUUGCCUUGCGAGAACAGGCAGUUGAUGUAGCUACAGUUAAUAAGAGAGAACAUACAAUAAAAGUCAAAACCCACUCAUUGGGCAGUGGUUAGUGUCAUAGGCAUAGAGUUAGAAUUCAUAGAAUUAACAUUCCAAUUCAAGUCAACGUUCCCCAAUGGAUGGAUCAAUUGAAUUCUCAUUCUAUAUUUGUAGGUCUGUUUUUAGAGGGGAGCCAGUAGUGUCCAGCUCAGAAUGUAGCAGAGGCAGGUUUACCGAGCGAUACUUAAAGUGCAAUUUCACCCCUCCACCUAGCUUUUGUAGUGGCCUUGCCACAAGCCUUAUCCAGGAACCUUGAACGGGAGCUAGUUUCUUUUGUUGCCUUUUUAGUUGAACGUAAGUUACAAAUCACAAAGAAAACACUAACUGCAUUUACAACUGCAAAAUAUUUUCUGUUGGGCCAAGAGCAUGGCUCCUAUUAUUAAACACAUGUGACUUAAUUAGUGGAAUUACCAGUUAUUUACUCGUCUAAAGUAUUGUUUUGUGUUUCUUGAGCGUGAUGUCGACGCUGCUAGUGUGUCUGGUGGAUCCAUUAAGAAGGAAAGGAGGAGUUAGGGUGUGUAUCUCGUGGUACUUGAUAACACGACACAAGAUACACAUCCCUCCAGUAAUAAAUACCUUUUUCAGAGGAUAAGUUUUCUCAAUGAGAUGUUCAUGUGAAGCAGUGUUAUUAUAUUGCCUUGUUGACAUUAUUAAAUGAUGUAUCAUUUCCCAGGUGGUUUUUGAUACCCUGGCUUUCUUCUCUUUAUGGUUUUGAGUGUUUGAUUCUUCUGUUCAGAAUGAAACAUGCUAAAUGCAGAUGGAUACUUGAUUGGGGAGAAUUGCACAUGGCAUGACCUGUGUUCUAACCAUAGCCUGUAUGAAAUAGGUUCCAACCUGUAAAAAUGUGUGCCAUUUAGCAGACGCUUUUAUCCAAACCGACUUAGUCAUGCGUGCAUACAUUUUUACAUAUGGGUGGUCCGGGAAAUCGAACCCACAAUCGUGGCAUUGCAAGCACCAUGCUCUACCAACUGAUCAAUAUGUAUCCCAACAUACCUGUACAUAAUGGGAUUAACCUCCCCCUUAUCCUCCUGACCAUUGAAAGAGCAGCUCAAUUCAAGAGCAGUUCAAACUGUUCAAAUAUUUUCCAUACAGCAAGGUUAUUAUUAUACCGCCAGCUAGAAAUCUCACAACCACCACACCAGUUAAAGGUUGCAGCACUCCAGUCCUGCCAAGCUGUGAAUUGUACAGUUUUCCUGUAAUUAGUAUUUGUACAUUUUCUUUGUCUGUUUUGAGAUUUCACAUCAGUGUUUGUUAUUCCAUCAAUUUGGUUUGAAUUGGGCUUUUAUAGGAUAUUAUGCAGUCUUCUGCUUUGGUGAAACACUUCUAGUAGUAAGAGAUUUCUGUUCUGUUACUCGUUGUAGCUAACAAGUAAUGCUACACCUCCCUGUCUGUUAUGCUUAGUGAGCAGAGAACCUCUGUUGGAAUAUUCACUGGGAGGCAACAUUCAGAUCCAUAGAAAUGGAUUGUAUAGAGCCAAUAUGAUUAUCUGAGGAAUAGCGCACUGUGCUUCUUCUGAUCAUUGCAUUUCUAUCAGUUCUGAGCAACAUUGCCUCCUGUUGAAUAUGCACCCCCUGAUGGAAGGCUUGCAAUAAAGCUCUGCGUGGGAUUUGCUUCUGCCUGCUGUGCAUUUCCCACUAUAUUACCUUACCAACCCAGUCAGCCCCACUCUAAUCACAAAGACUGUACGUGUUUAAAGAGAAAUAAACAUUAUUUUGUGCUUGA